AUGCAUUUUAAAUUACAACUUUAUUCCUUACAAUUAUUGAAACGAGGUUCCUUUUGCUCAUCAGAAGAUAACGAUCCAACCACACUUGGAGAGAUAAUUGAUUCGUUAGGAUUUGGUAAAUAUCAAAUUCGGCUGACAUUUAUAUUGGGAUGUGCUUGGGUUAUCGAUGCCAUGGAAAUGAUGCUACUAUCUGUUAUUGGUCCCAUCCUCCUUUGUGAGUGGCAUCUUUCGUCAUGGGAAGAAGCCUUCAUAGCCACAAUUGUAUUUGUGGGUUUCGGUUUUGGAGCACCUAUUUGGGGUUGGAUUGCAGAUAUUUACGGACGUAAAUUGGGGUUAUUGCUUUCCACAUUUUGGACUUUUUUUUAUGGGCUGUUAUGUGCAAUGUCUCCUAGUUAUUUCUGGAUUGUACUUACAAGAGGAUUAGCUGGUUUUGGCAUAUCAGGUUCCGCACAAGCAGUUACACUUUAUAGCGAAUUCUUGCCCGUCAAAACUCGAGCUAGGUCGGUUGUCUUUCUCCAAUUAUUCUCGUCACUCGGAGCCAAUUUUGAGGUUAUCCUAGCCUUAAUUGUUAUGCCUACCCUUGGCUGGAGAUACCUCGUAGCUUUUUCUAGCUUACCAUGCCUUGCUUUCUGCUUUAUGUAUAAGAUUAUUCCCGAGUCACCACGAUAUUUGUUAAUAUCUGGUCAACGUUCAAAAGCAAUAUUAAUUUUGCGUAGCAUUGCGAGAGUGAACAGAAAGCUUUGGCAUAAUAAAGAUAUAAAGUUACCCAGUAAGGAAACGCGUGGACAAAUUUGGGACUUGCUGAAAGCCCCUUAUACCAAAACAACGCUGUUGAUGUGGUCUAUUUGGCUUUGCGCUGCAACAUUAUAUUAUGGAAUUAUUUUAAUGACUCCAGUGUUGUACACGGUGGAUAGAUGUGGUAAAAUUCUAGAUAGUUCUAAUCGUAGUUGCAUAUGUAAGCCAUUAUCAAGUGAUGAUUAUCGCAAUAUUGUUAUUACGACCAUUGCUGAAUUUCCCGGUAUGAUAUUUGCAUUCCUGGUGGUUGAGAAAUUAGGAAGAAAGAGGACUCUUUGUUUGCAAUUUUUACUCUCUGCGGUGUUUCUUUUCAUGCUAAUAAUUUGUAGUACAAGGGUAACGAAAACAGUUCUUAUAUUUUGUAUUCGAGCACUUAUUUCCGCAGCCUUCCAAGUAGCCUAUGUCUAUACACCUGAGGUUUAUCCUACAACAUUUAGAGCUAUAGGACUUGGACUUUGCAGCAGUUUCGCUCGUAUUGGCGCAAUGGUUACCCCGUUUCUAGCUCAGGUAAUGCUACCAGUAUCUGAUAUCUUAGCACUAUGCAUUUACGCGUUCAUUUCUUGCGUGGGGGCUAUUUCUGCUAUCCUUCUUCCAAUAGAGACUCAAGGACUCAAUAUGCGGGUUUGUCAUUAA